AUGAUGGGCUCAUCGUUCCGCGUCGGCUCGAAAGACAUCGAGCUGCUCCAACCCCCUUCCGACUCGGUCUCCAAGAUCGACUUCUCCCCAACGCAGGACGUACUUGCGGUCGCCAGCUGGGACAACAACGUGCGGUUGUACAAUGUCUCGAAUCAGGGGCAGAACGAGCCCAAGCACAUGUACAGCCACGAAGCACCAGUGCUCGACCUCUGCUGGACCAAGAACGGCUCCCAUCUCUUCUCGGCCGGCUGUGACAACGCUGUGCAAAUGUUUGACAUGACGUCGAUGCAGAAACAGCAGGUGGCUGCGCACGACGCUCCCAUCAAGUGCGUGCGAUACGUCGAGGUCAACGGGCAGCAAGUGCUCGUCACCGCCGGUUGGGACAAGAAGCUGAAGUACUGGGACUUGCGCUCGUCCAACCCCAUGAACGUGCAAGAUCUGAGUGACCGCGCGUACGCCAUGGAUGCCACAGACAAGAUUGUCGUCGCUGGUACCGCCGACCGCCAGGUGCACAUCUACGACCUCUCGAACCCGUUCACCAAGUACCGCCAGGUCGAGUCUCCACUCAAGUGGCAAACACGGGCCAUUGCCUGCUUCCCACAGUCUGUGACGGGCGAGAACGGCUAUGCCAUUGGCAGUAUCGAGGGACGCGUCGGCUUCCAGUACACGCACACGAGCGACGAGAAGAAGAGCUUCUCGUUCAAGUGCCACCGCGUCGACAUUCCAGCGGGGACCAUGGGAGCACCCGCGACGACUGGGUCACAGAACGUCUUCGCUAUCAACACGAUCACCUUCCACAAGGUCCAGGGCACGUUCUGCACUGGAGGUGGAGACGGCUCGAUCAUCUUCUGGGACGGUGUUGCUCGCACAAAGCUCAAAAUGUUCUCUGCCAAGGACCUGAACAACGGCGACACUGAUGCGCGGCCGCCAGUGUGGGGCAUGCCGAUCGUGUCCUCUGCCUUCAACCACACGUGCGACAUCCUGGCGUACUCGAUGUCGUACGACUGGUCCAAGGGUCACGGCGGCGUGCCGCCCGCCAGUGCCGGCGCGACCAAGAUCAUGCUGCACAUGGUCAAGCCUGACGAGGUGACACGCAAGAAGAAGUAG